AUGGGCCACCACGUCCGCAACUCCAGCCAGGCCGCCUCGCGCGUCGCCGGCGUGCUGCAGGGUGACGCCGCCCUCAUCGGCUCCGCGAUGUCGUUCGACUUCAUCGUCGAGCCCACCAGGGCGCCCCUGAUACCUGGAAUGGCCGCGGUGAAGGCCGCCGCUCUCGAAGCCGGAGCGCUGGGGUGUACCAUCAGCGGAGCAGGCCCGACCGCGGUGGCUGUCAUUGAGGAAGAGGAGAAGGGGGAGGAGAUCGCCCGGAGGAUGAUCGACGCCUUCCUGUCGGUCGGCAAGCUGAAAGCGACCGCCACCGUCGCUCAGCUCGACAGAGCCGGCGCCAGGGUCAUCUCCACCUCAAAUUUGGAGUAG